AGGGUACUAGCAGAACAUCAGAGGGAGAAGACAAUGACGUGAGUGAAGUGAAUGUCGAUUCCUCCCGAGGAGUGUCUGUUGCGACGUCCCGGGAGGAGGAUGACGACUCCAGUAUUAAUGCCAGCAACGCUAGCAAGAGUCCAGGACAGAGAACAAAGUCCAAUCAAAGAUGGAUGAAAUUACGAACUACGGUUCAACUCAGCUCAGCGAUCCAAAAAAAGCCGACCCUGAAGAGAGAAGAUUCAUUCUUGAAGCGGUUUUCAAUGCGCCAGAUACCGGAAACGCAAGAAACAGUGGAAGACACUGGGUCUGAAGGGGCGACCGGAGAGCACAGAUCUACCACUCGACAGAGGCGGAGGAAAAUACGUGCGCCUAGAACUGUCGUUAACCCAGAUGAGAAUUUUUACUUCUAUUGGCUCUGGCUCAUUACACUUUGUGUGCUCUAUAAUUUAUGGACUCUCAUCGUGCGCCAGAGCUUUCCUGAGCUUCAGAUGAUGUGCCAUUACUUCUGGUUAACCUGUGACGGUAUUGGUGACCUCGUGUUUGCGUUGGAUCUGGUGGUGCAGCUUCGCACUGGGUACUUGGAGCAAGGGCUUAUGGUGUACGAUUCGAAGAAGCUAGCAAAGCACUACCUGACAUCCCGUCCCUUCCUUCUGGACCUGGCCGCGCUGACGCCCUUGGAUCUGCUGCAACUUCGCAUCGGCACUAACCCUAUCAUACGAUUUCCCAGGUUCCUCAAGGUGUACCGGGCUGUAAGCUGCUACUACAUAGUGGAGUCACGAACAGUGUACCCCAACUUCUGGCGCGUCAUUAACCUCAUCCACAUUCUGCUCAUCCUGGCACACUGGUUUGGUUGCUUCUACUUCCUGCUCUCCGAGGCUGAAGGCUUUCAGGGUGACUGGGCGUACCCCCACCGACCUGGUGAUUAUGCGACUCUCACUCGGAAGUACCUGGGCUCUCUCUACUGGUCCACACUCACCCUCACAACUAUAGGAGACUUGCCCACACCCGAGACUAAUGCUGAGUAUGUGUUUACAAUAGUGAGCUACUUGAUUGGUGUAUUUAUAUUUGCGACCAUAGUGGGCCAAGUUGGCAAUGUCAUUACAAACAGAAACGCGAACAGGCUCGAGUUUGAGAGGCUUCUGGAUGGAGCCAAGACGUAUAUGAGACAUCAUAAGGUUCCGGGUGGCAUGAAGCGUCGUGUGCUGCGUUGGUAUGACUACUCGUGGUCCAGGGGUCGCAUCCAGGGUGGAGGUGACAUCAAUACAGCUCUAGGUCUACUUCCCGAUAAGCUAAAGACCGAGCUCGCACUUCACGUCAAUCUUAGCGUGCUGAAAAAGGUAACAAUAUUUCAAGAGUGCCAGCCCGAGUUUCUUCAUGAUUUGGUUUUAAAAAUGAAAGCUUAUAUUUUCACACCCGGAGACUCUAUUUGUAGAAAAGGUGAAGUAGCUCGGGAGAUGUUUAUCAUAGCUGAUGGGAUUUUGGAAGUGAUUUCAGAAACAGGCCACGUCCUUACCACCAUGAAAGCUGGAGAUUUCUUUGGGGAAAUCGGUAUUUUAAACCUCGACGGAUUAAAUAAGCGUACCGCAGACGUACGGUCUGUAGGUUACUCUGAGUUAUUUUCGUUGUCUCGCGAAGACGUCCUUGCAGCCAUGAAGGAUUAUCCAGAGGCGCAGGAUAUCUUGCAGACACUUGGCCGGAAGAGACUUCAAGAGGCCAAGAGCAUGUCGCGACAGAAACCCAAAAACGAAGUUAGUCCCGACAAGACGGGAGGCGAUGACAGCACUUCAAAGCGAAUCGUCCAUAAGCUGCGUACCGAUGUCAAAGGAAUACGCAACGCGAUCCGCAGCCGAUCGCGCGGCGGAAGGCGAUCGGGCGAAACCUUGGAGAUGCGAGCCAUGUCCGAGCCUAAAGUACUGCGCCGCAUGCCUCGCGUGCACAGCGAUGACUCACAGCACCAACAGGAACAGGCUAGUGACCCUGCGCAUAAAGAGACAGAAAAAACAGUAUCUCCUCUCGGAGCGGGUUUGCCUCUGCUUUCACGAUUGAAACUCCUUAAGGAAAAACAGGAUCGAGAGGAGAAAGUGGCAAAGCAGUGGCAUCUAGCAUCAUCGGUGGUGUCGCCUCCACCCCCGCAACCGACUCCAUCCACUAGUUCCGCUCCCGAUGCGGAACCGGAAGUUAUCGGAGCUGGCCUCCCUCUUAUACAAAGAUUACUUCUUCUAAAAGCUAAAGAAGAGAGAGAAAAAAAUCAACUAACACCUACGUUGAGUAACCAGCCCUCAAGCUCUGACACCAUCAGCCCCAAUUCUUUAAAGAGCCCCUUAAGUCCAACGAUCAAAACCCUAAGCCCGUUUCGAAAAGGCUCGGAAUCAAGCUCACCUGGAAAAUUUUCAAAUUCUAGGAAAAAUUCUUCAGGGUCCAGUGACGGAGCUUCCAAACCAAAAGUUAGUUUUAGGAAUAAAAUACUGCAAGUGCAGAGUGACGGCACUGCUGUAUGUCAACCGCUUAGUAAAGAAAUUACCGAAAAACCGGCUGCAGUCGUUGAACCUACCCCUAAAACAGAAAGUAGUUUAAUAUCAAUUCCACAUUCUGUAGUCAGUAAAAUAAAAUCACCAGCUAAAGUAGUUGGUUCGACAUUCCGAGAUAAGUUAAGAUUAUUGCAAAAUGGAUCAAAUAAAGACGUCGAGAGAAAUAAAUUGCCCUUACCAGAUAAAAGUUCACUCGAAGUUAUUCCGGUUCAAAAAAAGGAUACUCAAGAGGAAAGUAAAACUAAGAAACCUUGGAGUAAAUUAAAGAAAGCUGCAAUAUUAGGCGAAUCUAAAAGUUUUAGUAAGAGUAGUAUAGAUAAAAUUAAUAGUGAGACUCCCAAACAAUGUGCGAAUGAGAGGAAAAUUGAAAGUGUAAAUUUGAGUAGCCCAACGCCUGUAAUUAACACGGCAGAGCUUGUCAAAAUAGAUAAUAAUAAUGUAGAGGUUCAUAGAGACUGCAUUAAUAGUGAUAAGCCUAAAUUAUGCAUUAUGAGCUCUGAAACAGAUGAAGAAAAAUCUUUAGAUCUGUUAACUUCUUCCCCAAAAAAGUCGGAGAUGAAAGUCCACGAAACAAAAAAAGUCAUUACGAUAGGAACAAUGUUGUUGCCCAAAGUAAAAAAAUACAAAUCAAUAGACGAUCUCUCCCCGGAGUAUGGAGGACUUCCUUUUGUAAAGAAAUUAAAAAUAUUGAACGAAAGGCAAAAACUAGCUGAAUUAGAAAAAGUAGUUAAAAUAAGAAGUUCUAGUUUAGAUUGUGCAAGUUCUUCGGAAGACUUGCUUUCCGAUACGCUAACUCGUAGUCAUUCAGAAGGAAGCACAAUGGACAAAAGAAAAUACAAAAGAAAAUCUUCUGAAUCUAUCGGAAGCCAUGAGUCUAAUGAGACGUUAGAGAGACGAACGUUAAAGUCUAUUUUGAAAAAGUUGUCAGAAGAUGUCACACCUGCAGAGAGUCCACAAAGAGGCAAAGAAUUACGAAAAUUGAUUCGAGCACCAACGUUGGAAGGUUACGCUGCGAGACAUUCAAAAUUUGCCAAAAGCGUGACUUUUCAUCGUCACACGCUGCCGUCUCCACCAGGCAGUGCCUUGUCUGAUAUAGUAGACGAUGUGUUCGAACUGCCAGAACCAAAGAAAGAGCCAUCAAUACAGACAGAAUCGUCCACUGAUACUCCAUUUUCGCAAACUCAAAUUGUAAAAUCAAGUCCUGAUGUAAUUAUACCGCGUGAAGAUUACAACAUAAAUAUAAAAUCUGAGUAUGAAUUACAGCAAAAUUUAGAUUUUCCAUCACUCCGGCCCGAAGAUAUAAAACUUCCUUCUGAAAAACCGAAAAUUACAUUAAUAUCAGCAGUUGCUAAUCAAAGGAAACUUCUACGAGCAUCUCUAGAAGAACAGGAAUACUUUGGAGAAGUAUUGUUGGGUAUCAAACAAGUUAUUGAAGGACAUUUAUACGAAGUACAAGGAAAAUUUCAGGAAAGAUUCGCUAGUUUAGAAAGUGAAGUAAGAAAACGAGACGAAAUAAUAUGUCAACUACAGAAUAGAAUUCAAGAAUUAGAGAGACUAGGUUUGUCAGCCCCAUUAUCUCUGAAAACCAGUAAUGAGCCCGUGCUUGAAGAAAAUGGAAACAUACCCAAUAUCAAUAAUGAUAGCUCAGCUAGUGAAGGGUCAGAUGUAAAUGAAGGUUUUAUGAGAGGAGACUCUCUUGAUACAGUAUUUGCAACAUCUCCGGGUGAUGAUGACAAGAUUAAUCCGCCUCUCAAAUCAAUUCCGUCAUCCAGUAAACAUGUAUCAAAUGACGAUUUGACUGAAGAAAAGUUAGCAGAACUAACUGGUGGGAUAGAACUUUCGAAAUUAACGUAUUCAGAAUUACAAAUGUUAGCUGAAUCUAUAUCAAGUAGAACCACUAAGGCUUGCUCCAAGAAAGAGACGUGGAGCAUCAGUAAGUCAAAGAGGCUGGACUUAAAUUUAGAUGGAAAAGCCGGGACUUAUUCAAGGAAACGCGCUGCCAAAGUAAAACAAAGAAAAUCGUGGGACCAAGAUCAUAGCGAUCAGGAAUCAGUGGAAAUGCAGGAGUUGACAAGAUCAAUAUCACCACAAAUAAUAUCAGAAAAUCGAUCGUUACUAAGUCCCGAGCAGUCGAGCCUGAGGUCCAGCAGACGAGGAAUGCCAUUCCACUUUUUCGGGUCUCAUCUGGAUAACACUAAGUCUAAAAUCAAGAAAACUCUCUCUGUGGAUACUGGCAUGCAUCAAACUGGAAGAAAAAAAAAACAAAGUCGGGACGAGCGUAAAUUUAGCCUAGGAUCAUUUUUUGGGUCACGUGGGGGGAGCGGGUCCCAGCAAGAAAAAUCACACAGCAACGAUGUAGUGCUGGAUAUCGGCAGCGAUGCCAGUUGGAGCAACACGACAUCGACAUCGUCCAGCGAUUCAGAGUCCAUUCCUCAUACCCCAGUUUUUGAGGAGUUCGUGAACAGCAACAGACUUUGUCAAAGAUCGGGACAUGGAAAUAGGUCUUCUGUUAGAGGUUUCUCUGGAAGUGGAGGAGACUGGGAGUUAAUGAUGCUGGCUGAUGAGUUAGAGAGGCGAGAAAGGCGCGAAGAUGGUCGAACCCUACUGCCUCCCUAUCCAUCUGCUCUACGGGACCUUGAGGAGGAGUCUGAUAGUCCUCAACGCGAGGACAGCGCUGACGACGUGUCCAACCUAGAAGAGUCGUCCUCGAGUACGCAACUACUAUCGCAGUCACUCAGUGACCACCUCGAAACUUCCUUCACUGAACACAGAAGAAUUCCGCACCGCCUCGGCUCAUUAGGAGACCAGCCCAGGACGGAGGUUUCCCGGAUGAUGGUCCGAGCGUCGAGCCUCGAUCCAGCCCCUCGCAGCGCACCUCCCCCCCGCCGCGCAACUCCUCCCCGCCGCGCCACCUCGCUUCGCAGCUGCAGCGACACUCAUCGCAAACGGCUAUGAUCCGUGACCUUACUUUUACCCUUUACGCAUACAAUGCUUACGAGAUACAUCCAUUACUGACUGUUUUUAUUUAAACCAAAUAAUAUAAAUCAUAUUGUAUAGUUAGUUCUAGUCUUAUAAUAUGUAAAUUGCCUUCUAAGCAAGUUAAUAAUAUGUAGUAGGUAUACCUCUGACAGAAUACUGAGAAAUAGUUCAUAUUUAACUUUGAUCUUUUGACUAUUAUUUCAAUUAUUAAAUGCAAUACGUCAAAGUAAAAAGAUAAAAAUAAUUAAGUAUAUGCAUUUAAGGAACAUAGAAACGGACGAGAGAAAGUUAGUUAACCCAACCAAAACUAUAUAUUUUAUUUAAGAAAAUAUAGAGUAUAAAUUAAAUCAAGAAAUAAUAAUUAUGACAAAAUGUUUGUUUUCCGAAUAUGUUAGUUAAGAAAUAGGUCACGUAAUGCCACUCUAGAAAUUGAUCUGUACAAUUUACGGCACAGGUCAAUACCUGUAUUACUACUAUAUUACUGUAUUACGGAAAUACACAAAACAAUUAUAAUCUACCAUACAUAUAUAAUCAUGAAACAAAGUUAACUUUUAGAAAAAGUUAUAAUAUAUAAAAAAAUUAAAAGUUAACAAUAAAUAUACUUGAUUGAACAAUACUUAUAAGGGUGUUCUGUCAUCUGUUAUAAGAAUGUUUUCUGUAUAGACCAUUUUGUCCUUUGUCAUAUUAGAUAGUACAGUCAGCCCGUCUUUCCAAUACAGAAGGUUCCAAACAACAACUACGACCUUCAUAAAUAAAAAUACCGUUAGAGUAGUUGUCAAAUGUAUUAGUUUAAAGAUAAUCUUAAUUAUGUAUUACUGAAAUUGCAUAAUAUGUAGCACAAAGGGUAAAUAGCAAAAUAAACACUUUAAAUGAUAUAAAAAAGAAUCUUAUAAAUAUUGUUAUUGUACAUAAUAUUAUAAUGUUAAUAGCAGGAUUUGUAUUAAACGAAUUUUCAAAGUUCAAGCACAAGUGUAACUAUUAUUUAAUAAACUUUUAAAAUCUGCUUUGUGUUAAAUGUCUGAUAUUGAUAUGAAUUAAACACCAUUAAAUGCUGUUGUGCAUUUAAAACUAAAAUGAGUUUUCGUUUGAAUCGGUAUUUCCCCAAAAUCUAAGAUAUUUAUACAUACGCCUUUGUUCUAUUGUCAACUAUCAGAGGUUUAAUAGAUAUUGUAUUGUCGUGACAAUUCGUUCUAGACAACUAAUAGACUCGUUAAUAUAAGAUUAUGUGCCAAAAAUGUAGUGUGUAGUUUCGUAAAAAAAAAUAAUUAAGGAUGUAAAUUGUGAAUAAUUAUUAAAUAGGUACACAUAACCCAUUUUGUAAGACCGAUUAGUACGAUAAUGUAGGUAUUCCUAUUUGUGUACACCACACAAUAAAUAUGUAUGAUAAUAAAAAAAAAUUAGACGUAAAUAAUUUCACAAAUAUUAGGUAUUAAUUAUGAUUUUAUUUUUACGUUUAUGUAUUCAUAUCACAAAUUACUUAUUGAAUAUUCUUUUUUUGAACACCAUCUAGUUUUUAUACUGAUUUCCAAACUAAUAUUUUUAUCCAUCAAAAGUAAUAAAUAUGACUAUUGACAAUGUAAUUUCAGCAAUAAACUGACAAUUUCCAUAAGUUAUUUGUUAUUACGUUUUUAAUUAGAAUUAAGAAUCUGUUAAUUUGGCUGGAAAUUUAAAUUACUAUACAUAUAAUAGAGAUAAGAGGUAGGUAUGUAAAUGAAAGGGAGAAAUACAAGAUAUUAAAAA